CCCCCAUCCAUCCCUUUUCAUCCUCUCCUCCUCCCUAUUUCUCUCUCUCCCUCCACCCAUGCGUGAGCAACGGAGCAGCCGGCGGCCCCGUCCAGCAUCCCUUCGAACGACGCUGUAGGGUUAACGCGUCGCGGGAUGCUAGCGUGGCGGUUCAGCGUCGUGGCCGGCGGCGUCAGCUAACCGCCGCGAGCAUGAUUUGGCCACCGUAGCCGGUGAGAGAUGAAGAGACAGAACGUACGCACCUUAUCUCUUAUCGUCUGUACGUUCACCUAUCUGCUCGUGGGCGCCGCCAUAUUCGACGCCCUCGAAUCCGACCACGAAGGCAAACAACGCAAGUCGCUCACCUACAUUGAAGACAUGCUCGUCGACAAGUACAACAUCAGCGUGGAUGAUCGGAAAAUCUGGCAGACGGUCGUUAUCAAGAUGGUUCCUCAUCGAGCCGGUACGCAGUGGAAAUUCACGGGGGCUUUCUACUUUGCCACCACUGUGCUAACGACUAUAGGGUAUGGCCACUCGACUCCCGCGACAUGGGGUGGCAAGACCUUCUGCAUGUUCUAUGCACUGGUCGGGAUCCCUUUAGGACUCGUCAUGUUCCAGAGCAUCGGCGAACGGCUCAACACUUUUGUCGGCUACCUCCUCAAGCACGGAAAACGCUGUCUGCGCAUGCGCAACACGGACGUCUCGGAGACCAAUCUCGUCUGCCUGGUAUCCAUCUUGUCCACCGUCGUCAUGACGACCGGCGCCGCCGCCUUCUCCGCCUACGAAGGUUGGGACUACUUCGACUCCUUCUACUACUGCUUCAUAACCCUUACGACCAUCGGCUUUGGCGACUACGUAGCCCUCCAGAAGGAGGGCGCUCUGAAGCAGAAGCCAGAAUAUGUGGCGUUUAGUCUUGUCUUCAUCCUGUUUGGCCUCUCCGUCGUUUCUGCAGCUAUGAACCUCUUGGUGUUGAGAUUUCUCACCAUGAACACUGAGGACGAGCGGAGGGACGAGGCGGAGGCCCAGUGCGCUGCUCAAGAGGCGGUCAGACUCGAAGGUGACGUCAUCACGGCCAACGGGUCGCUCAUCUCGGGUCACGGUGGCGGGGAACACUCGGACAAUGACGACGUCACGUCGGUGUGUUCGUGUACAUGUUAUGCUCACAGGCCAAGGAGGGCGUCCGCAGCGCAUCAGGGGAACGGAGCGCACAGGUACACCAUGCGGUACUCGGCGUCUCCGGUGGAGAUGUCCUCCUCGCCGUCGCACGACGACGUCCUUGUGCCUUUAGACGCUCUCAGGACUAAGCGUCUGUCCGUCUGACAAAAGGGGGAGUCGUCAGGGCGUCUGUCGGUGUGAACACACCACAGGAAUCACUGGUGGGAAAGAUGAGGAUCGACAAUGACAAGCACAGCCCAACGAGGAUGUCUUGAAAGGUUGUGAUCUUGUGUGAACGACCUCUUCUCCUGCCGCCGCCCAUGACGCUCCCCAAUCGACAGUGCAUCGACAUCGCCUGUACAGUGUUGCCAGAGCACACAUCUGUCUGCUCUCAAUCCGAAACCGGAACAAGGUGGUACUGCCUCCAGUACUCAUAACGAAGAGUAGAGUGCUAUGCGGUACAGCGAUCCAUGACACCCAGUGCGCUUGGACAUAUUAACUUAACUUCGUGGCAAAGACUGGAAGUCUAGUGCAAAAUACUCGUCUGCUUUGUGACGAGCGAACAGUUUUGUAAAAUAGUUUUGACAUGAUGUGCAUGAUGUUUUUUUGUAACUCGAUUUUGCUUCAUCUUAGCUCGGAGGCGUUUUGCCUCAUCUUUGUUCUCUCGAAACGAGGGGAGUGUACCUUUCAGAUAUUUACAUUUCUUCCGAAUCACCUCAUUGGACGCCAUCUCAUCUGUGCCAAACACCGGGGCAGACGAAACUACAGGAGAAGAAUACUGGUCAUAACACUUUGUUCAUCAUUCAAUGUCAGAACAUAAAUUUUCAGUGAAUCUUC